AUGGGUAUUUGUAGAGGUAGAACAAGAAGAUGUCGAAAAGGGGGAAGAUGUAGACGACGAGCGCGUCGAGAGCUACAUGAAUCUCAGACAUCUAAUGAAGUCACCAAAGAUUCAGUGACCCUAGCCCUGUGGAACGCCAGAUCACUGAAUAAUAAGACUCAUAUGUUCUGUGACCUUAUGAUCAACAAUAGAGUAGACAUCGCAGCUAUAACAGAGACGUGGUUCACAGGUGAUCAUCGUGAUGACAUCCCACUAGCACAUAUAUCAUCCACCCUCCAGAGCUAUAUCGUACAUCAUGUGCCAAGAGAGGGUCGUCUAGGAGGUGGUGUAGCUGUAUGUGUACAUCAAUCCUUCAAAGUCAAGAGGUUUCAAUCAGCCAAUAUCUUCACAUCAUUUGAAUACAUGGAUGUACUCGUUACUGCUCAUGGACAUGUUCCGGUUCGACUUCUGGUCGUGUAUCGCCCACAACGAACCGCUUCUGGACAGUCUACUGAUCAGCUUUUUCUUCAAGAAUUUUCUACACUUAUGGAGCAGCUUGUAUCUUCAACACAUCAGUUGCUGAUUGUUGGUGAUUUUAAUUUUCACGUGGACAUUGCUACGGACUCAAACUCUGUCAACUUCCUGAAUGAUAUUGCAGCUCUUAACCUUCAGCAACACGUCCAUUUCCCAACACAUAAAAAUGGACACACAUUAGAUCUGGUCCUUACACGAGCAAAUGAGGCCCUCAUUAGUAAUGUAUCAAAAGAAGGUUAUCUACCAUCCGAUCAUGUAGCCGUCACUUGCUCUUUGAACAUUCGUAAACCAAAGCCCCAAAAGGUACAGAUCAGAACUCGCAAAAUCCAAAAUAUUGAUCUUGAGGCAUUUCGUCAAGACAUUCUUGUGUCUGAGCUAUACUCUACCCCCUCGGACACCAUAGAUGGACAGGUUGACCGGUUUGAGUCUACGCUUUCUACUCUCCUAGAUAAGCAUGCCCCGGUGGUUACACGCGUCAUUACAAGCCGACCUGAAUCUCCUUGGUAUGGUGAUGACCUGCGAGAGCUUAAGCGUGAACUAAGGGUAUUAGAACGUAAAGCAUUCCCACGUGGUUUGGAGAUCGAUCGGGAGCGUUUCCGAAAAGCAGCCCAUCACUACAGUAACAAGCUGAUAUCUGCAAAGAGUUUGUAUCAUCGAAACCAGCUCAGAGACUGCACUCCGCGUGAACUAUUCAAGAAGAUUGAACGGUUAACGCAGCCUACCACUUCUUCAGUCAUUCCCAGUAUAAAUAACUGUGACUCAGUAGCUGAAUGUUUUGUUAAUUUCUUCAAAGAGAAAGUGACAAGCAUAACCGAUCAGCUAAAGGUUGCAUCUUCGGCUACAUCUUCGCCGAGUGGCAUCUGUUUUGGUGAGGGGCUUUCCAACUGCAAGUCAUCAUUUACACACUUCAAAACAGUGUCAGAUGAAGAACUAAAACCGCCGUGUCGAGCACCGGGCAGGUCAAGCAGACAUUCGUUCUCCAGCGAUCGCCGCUGUAGAGAGGGCGAUAUUAGCACCAUUACCGCUCAGCGGUAUGACUCACUAUCUCGUAGCUCUGCCGAGCUUAUGAGCUUGAAUAUCGGAACUGAAUGUCACGGCGAUUAA